AUGAAUAUAGGCAACGUCUUGGGGACGAAGCCCUAUAUCCGCGUGGGAGGGAACACACAAGAUUAUGCUUUGUACAACGCCUCUCUUUCAGCUUCUCUAAACGGCACAUACGAUGUGUCAAGGUCUCCCGACUACCCGACCACGAUACACAUUGGGUCGUCCUAUUUUGAGUCUUAUAGUACCUGGCCUGGCGUGAAGUUUUCUCACGGCUUCAAUCUGGGCCUGGGAGGGAACAGAUCAGAGGGAUGGCAGACUCUUCUGGACACGGUUCCUCUGGUGUGCAAGACGUUGGGUUUGGAAAAGCUCUAUGCGUGGCAAUACGGUAAUGAGCCGGAUCUGUAUUCCACAUCGUCGCAGGGCCCCGUUCGCCCACCGAGCUGGAAUGAGACUACCUACGUUGAGCAGUGGUUGAACGGUACGCGCAAGAUCAAGGAGCUGCUCCAGACGCAUUGCCCCGAGGUGGUGAGCAGCAAUCGAUAUGAGUAUAUCGCGCCGGCCUUUGCCGGGGUCAACAACCAUUUGAAGGCCCCCAUCGCCUGGAAGGACGGUCUGGACGAGGACGGGAAUAUCGGGCUGUUUUCAUCCCACAAUUAUAUCUCUGGCGCUACAUCGCCUGGUGUGACACUGCAGGGCACCUUGAUGAAUCACAGCCGUACUAUGCAAUCUGUCAAUGCCCAUGUGGAUGAGUUCAAGAAGAUAUUCCCAUCUGGAGACCUCAAUACGGCAAGUCCCCGACUGAUUUUGGGAGAGACGAAUUCCCUUUACAACCAGGGCAAGCCUGGCCUGUCCAACACAUUCGGCGCAGCUCUCUGGGGCGUUGAUUUUGCUCUUUACUGUGCCUCUGUUGGCAUUGGUCGUGUGCACUAUCACAUGGGCACCAACUACCGAUAUGCCAGCUGGCAGCCCGUGGACACAGACAAAGCAGUCAAGGGCACCAAAGCGCCGUACUAUGGCAACAUGGCCGUUGCAGCCAUGAUAGGCAACGCCACAGACCAGCCGGUGUCGAUUGCGCAUGUGCCUAUUGCGGGCGGCGAUGAGCGGGAGGCGGUAUAUGCGGCAUACGUCGGCGAUUCUCUGUCUCGCAUCAUGGUCAUCAACUUUGUUGGGUACAACACCACCGUAAAUGGGACAGGUCUUGGGCUCGCAGGAAACCCAGUCGCGGGACGAAAGUCGAGGAGGUACACCUUUGAGGUAGGUCCGUCGGUGCGGAAGGUCAGUGUGCAGCGUCUUAUGGCCAACGGUAGCGAUGCGAUCACUGGCGUGACGUGGGACGGCUACAGCUUCAACUAUGAGCUCGAACAAGGCGACCCCGUCCUGUUGACGAACGUCACCCGAGGUGAGGUGCUUCAGACGACGGCUGGAAGAGUGUCCAUUGAUGUCCUUGAUUCAAGCGCCGUAAUGCUGAGCAUGAGUGGAGGCGAUUCAUAG